AUGCUGCGCGGGUGCCAGCUGCGGAACACCGAGUUUGUGCAUGGAGUGGUGCUGUACGCCGGACACGAGACCAAGCUGAUGCAAAACUCGACAGCGCGGGUCUCCAAGAUCUCCAACGUGGAAAAGGUGGCCAACUACCAGAUUGUGCUCAUGUUUGUGCUCGAGAUCACACUCGCGGCCCUGGCGGCGAUGGGCUCGGGCAUCUGGAUUUCGGCGGCGAAGAAGGACAACACGACGUAUCUCGGGCUCCACGAUGUCGAGCCGACGCCGUACGCCUUUUCCAACUUUUUCACCUUUUUCAUUCUCUUCAACAACCUCAUUCCGAUCUCACUCUACGUCUCGAUGGAGCUUGUCAAGUUUGGGCAGGCCUACCUCAUCUCGUCCGACUUGACCAUGUACCAUGCGGCGUCGGAUACACCUGCCGAGGCGCUGACCUCGGAUCUCAACGAGGAGCUGGGCCAGAUCCAGUACGUGUUUGCCGACAAGACCGGAACACUGACGGAGAAUCUCAUGGCGUUUGCCGGCAUUUCUAUCGACUCUGUCAUGUACGGCUCGCUCCCGAGUGGCAACAAGAACUCGCGCGGGCCUCAACACGAUCUUGUGCCGCUCUCGCAGCUCAAGGCCUCGCUUGCGGUCCGCGACGCAUCGUCACCUCACUGGAAAGCGCUGCUCACGCUCGCGCUCUGCCACACCGUUCUUCCGUCUGCCGACGCCAGCCAUGACGAGGCGCUGGGCGAGACGCUGGCGGGGCAUGCCGAGGCACGACCGAGCCCGACCGAGAUGGCGGCGUCGGUAGCGGGCAUCAAGUACCAGGCCGAGUCGCCGGACGAGGGCGCUCUGGUGCACGCGGCGCGCGAGCUCGGGUGUGCGCUUGUCGACCGCAUGCCGCGGUCGAUGACGGUUGCGAUGGCGCGUGGACGGAGCGGCAGCGGACCGAGCUUUGUCGAGUACGAGCUCCUGCACGUGCUUGAGUUUACCUCUGCGCGCAAGCGCAUGUCUGUCAUUGUCCGCAACUCUGCCGGCAGCAUUCUGCUGCUGACCAAGGGCGCUGAUACAGUUAUUUUGCCUGCACUCGCGGAGACGUCCAAGGCAUCGCCGGCGCUGCUUGCGGGCCUUGUCCACAUCGAGAUGUUUGCUGAGGCCGGGCUCCGGACGCUCAUGUGCGCCGUGAGAGAGCUCGAGAGGGAGACGUACGAGGCUUGGAAAGCUGAGCACUUUGAUCCGGCGGCGCGCGCGCUGGAGCACCGUGACGACAAGCUGGCGGCAGCGGCAGCGAUCAUCGAGACCGAGCUCGAGUAUGUGUGCGUGACUGCCAUCGAGGACAAGCUGCAGGAGGGGGUGUCGGACACGAUUUCGCUGUUGCGCAAGGCCGGAAUCAACGUCUGGGUCCUCACGGGCGACAAGCAGGGGACGGCGAUCAACAUUGCGAUGUCUUGCGAGCUCCUCACGCCUGCGAUGCAGUUGCACGUGGCAAACGAGGACACUGCAGAAGCGACGGUGGCACGGCUUGUAGCGCUGGAGAAGCUUGUGCCGGUCGAGUCCGAGCAGGAGCAGGCGUUUGUCAUCGACGGGCACACCCUCUUCCACGCGCUGGAGGACAAGGUCGGCGCUGCCACAUUUGAGGAGGUCUCCACGCGGUGCCGGGCGGUCAUUGUUUGCCGUGCGACGCCGUUGCAAAAGGCAUCUGUGGUGAAGAUGGUACGGGUGCGGAAGCCGCCGGGCGGCGGGCCGCGGGCGCUGACCCUUGCGAUCGGCGACGGCUCCAACGACGUGUCGAUGAUUCAGGCUGCGCACGUCGGGGUGGGCAUUUCUGGGCGCGAGGGGCUGCAGGCUGCGCGUGCGGCGGACUACGCCAUUGCGCAGUUCCGCUAUCUCGCGGUCCUCCUCCUCAAGCAUGGGGCGUGGAGCUACCAGCGGACGACGAUGGUGAUCAACUACUCGUUCUACAAGAACAUUGCGCUGUACCUCAUCCAGCUCUGGUUUGCGUUUUUCAACGGGCUUUCUGGCCAGACGCUCUUUGAGCGAUGGACGAUCUCGCUCUUCAACGUGCUCUUCACCUCCCUCCCGAUUCUUGUGCACGGGCUGUACAACGCCGAGUUUUCGGCGUCGACGCAGCUGCUGUUCCCCGAGCUGUACUGGGCGGGGCGUAACCGCGAAUUGUUCAACACCAAGGUAUUCUGGUCGUGGUGCGCCAACGCGGUCUUCCACUCGCUAGUUCUCUACUUUUUGUGA